UCUCAGUUUACUGCAGAUUACGUACAAGUACAUUUUGUCAUUUGAUUCCGUCGAGUAGAAACGCCAUACGUAAAUUAUCCAAUUCUAAACACAAGAAACAACUUUGGAAGUAAUGCUUGUCAUGAUUGAAAAUCUUGAAUGGAAUUCCAUUGAUGAAGUCAACAUGAUGAAUCAGAUGGAACUUGUUAAUCGUUUACUAAUUGUAUCCACAUAUGCCUUAAUGGUGUUAAUGAUUCUUAUAGCACAAAUUUUAUUCACAUUGAUUGUCAUAUUAUUCAUGUCAUUAUCUUAUCAAUCAAAUUUUUCAAUUGCAUCAUUAAUACAGACAACGGCUACUGGUUUAUUUGUGUUGAUUGCACUUGUGAUCGCAUUAUUAAUUUGUUUUGUAAAGAAGAUAAAUGAGACAUUUCCAGAGAAUGUCACUCUUGCUAUUGCUUAUUCUGGUUGUAUGGCGUUAGCAUUAGGAAUUUGGUAUAUGCAAUUAUAUGUUCUUCUAAAAAUUGCAGCUUUUGGAAUUAGUCUGGUGUUAUUCAUAUGUGCAGUGUUGAUUGGUGCAGCGAUUAAGACAAAUUUGGCGGACAAAAUAAAAAGUCUUCUAAUAUCUGUUACAUCGAUAUUUAUUACGUUUAUAAUAGCUGCAAUCGCAUUCAUCUUUUCAGGAAUCAAGCUAAUAGCUCUGGCUUUCUAUAUAGCUGCAAUAACAUUUUCAUUCAUUAUCACAAUAUUUAUCAGUUAUAUAACUAUUGGCAAAUUAAGAUGUCUUAUCUUUUAUCCUAAUUAUUCAUUAGCAUCUAUAUUAUUAUAUACUGUAUUCUUUAAUACCUUAGCAAUUAUGAUUGAUAUAAUUAAUAUUUGUUCUCGACUACUAUUUAAUUUUCCAUUUUAAAUCGAUAAGAAAAAACAAAAAACAAAAAAAGAGAAAAACAUUGAAGAAAAAAAGAGAAUCUAUUCGUCAGUUUGUUU